AUGCGCUUCUCUGCCUCUACCUCCGGUCCUGGCACACCGCUACGUCCAGGCCUCAGGGUCAGCCAAAUUGGCCAUUUCGGAAGUCCGGGCCCUCUCGCGGUGGCUGCUGUAGGUUUCGCAGUUCAGGACGAGACCACCCUUCGCGAGACGGAGUUCUGCAUCCUGAUCAUCGUUCCUCCUCCGUCUCCGGACGACCCGCAAGAGAGUUCCGAGGAAACAAUUGUCCAUCGCUACCUCGAUCUCUACAAGAAGCAGGCCUGGGUGGAACUCCUCGGCGGGCUGGAAUCGGCCUGUAGACCGGUCGUCACGGCGACCAAGACGGACGAGGCCAGAGACACGUUUGAGUCCGAAUUGAAACACGGCUCCCGGCUUUUCCAGCUGGUUCCGGGGGAGGAUGCAGACACGCCCGGAUUCGAACCGUUUCAGCCGGAGCCCAUGAGAGUCGACUGGGGCCUAGUCAAGGAGGAUGUCAAAGACGUUCCGGUUUUUGCCUUGUCGGACGUCGAGCGGUUUCGCUUGUUGACGAAUCAGGUCCACGAAGUCACCAUCAACGGGCGGGCCUAUGUCUACAAGCUUGCCAGAGAUCCGGAGUUUGUCCGAGAGAUCUCGAUGUUGCGGAAGCUGGAGGCGUUGAGCAGGAAAGGACACCCCACUCUCCGGGCCCCGAAGCUGGAAGGGCUCAUCGGCCUGGAUACGAUAUUCGAAGGGAUUCUCAUGACGUGCAUCCCGUCCCCCCGCAGUCUGGAUCGUCUGAUUCUCGGUGACUGCGAGAUAAGCCUCGCCGACCGUCAGAGGUGGUAUGACCAGGUCUCCGAGGCCGUGCAAACUCUGCAUCAGGAGGGUCUCUGCUGGGGAGAUGUCAAGGCGGCAAAUGUGGUGAUUGAUGGCGAAGGCGACGCCUGGCUGAUCGAUUUCGAAGGCGGCGCCAGCUGGGGCUGGAUCGACAAGAAGCUGAAAGAUACCAUGGCUGGAGACUUGCAAGGCUUGAGCAAGCUUCACGAGAUGUUGGGCCUGGGAGCCUCCUGA